AUGAAUUUAGAUGGAAUUCAAAGCAAGGAGAAUUAUGUUGUGAAUACCUUAGGUGAUGUUUCACUCUGAUUCCAAGGUGCUCUUUUAGAUGAGGAAAAAUGUAGCAUACUCAAUCUCCCAGUUCUAUUUUGUCAUAGAGGGCAAGCCUUUAAGCCAUUUCUGAUGUCUCCUUUGAUGAUGAAUGUAUAUCCUGAAAUACAGAUACAGCAAGAUUUGAUGCAUACUAUUCCCAUCAAAGGAAUGGAUCAUAAAGCUAUUAAGGAUGUUUGUGGAAACAAUCCUCCACUUCUACAUAAACUAAACAAUAAGUCUGUAUCUCAGAGAAAAAUCUCUGCUUGUUCUUGACAUGCAUAUCCUAAUUGCUUUUGUAAAAGAAACAGUUCUGAAAACUCGGACAUAAAAUCAAAGACACAAAAGCAAUCGGAAGUUAUCAUUCAACAACCUGACCAGAGCCAAUCCCAGUCUCACAUUGCUAGUGAUGAUAUUUCCUUCCUUGACGAUGAGCCUUUAAGCAAAAAUGCAGCCAUCCUUGAGAAAUAUCAGUAUUCUGUCAGCCUUCAAGCCUGCAGGGGUCCUGGUCGCAAAUAAGAAAGUUAUUAACUGUGAAUUCAGAAACUGUAACAGGAAGUUCAGGAAGGCUUGGAACUUUAUUGAUCAUGCUCGAAUGCAUUUAAACCAGCGACCUUACCAGUGUAAAAUCUGAAGGAGACGGUUUACUCAGAAAGGCAAUCUAAACAAACAUCAGACGCUUCAUUCAACAUAA